CACACCCGUUCAUAUAUACAUCUUAGCACAGAGUUAAGACUACCUUUUUUUUUUACGACAAGAAUGUCUUUUCUUCUCCAAAAAUCAUAAAUAUUGAUUUGCUCCCAUGUACAUAAGUACUCAUCUUAGGUACAACAUCAAGAAGAAGAUCCUCCUCUCAACAUGAAUCAGUGUGUACCAAGCUGGAAUUUCGACCACAACUCUCCCCCAGUGCCUACCCUCAAUCUUCAUGCUCAUUCUAUCGACUGCGCACCACCCCAUGUCCCCUCCUUGGAGUGUGAAGUGGCGGAGCUAACAUGGGAAAAUGGACAGCUAACCAUGCAUGAUUUACGUACCCCGCGCGUAAUUGACAAACUUACUCGCACAUCUUCUCUCACCAAAUACAAUACGUGGGAUAAGCCAUGCGCCGGGGGCACGCUCGAGUCAAUAGUCAACCAAGCCACCCGUCACCCCCACCCAAAGUCCGCCGUGGAUGGUGGAGUCAAUACUAAUAAUGAUCUUGUGCCUUGGUUUGACCACCAUGUUGCUCUGGUUAACCCAACCGCUAGCCCCUCCACCGCCGUGACCAUGGACGCUCUCGUCCCCUGCAAUAAUAACAUCCAUAUCAAAGAUCAUAAUCAAGAAAAACUCCUACAAGUGUUGAACCCUGCCCCUGGGGAAAUCGGCGCUUGCAAGGUGGAAUGCUCCACGUGCGUGGGUUCUUAUGGUGGUGAUGGCGGCGCCCACUUAGAAGCCGACGCUCCAAUGUCAAGCAUGGGAAUCAAUAGUUUUAGAACUAAUGGGAGCGUGAGUAAGAGCGCCACUUGUGGGGGGAGAGACAGCUGCCUGAUAUCGCUCAAUACCUGCGGUGGGUCCACGUGUCCAAAAGAGACCAUCUCAGGCAAAGAAUGUUCAAAGGCCUCCGGCGACGCCCAUGACUCCGUAUCUCACAGCAGAUCACAAGCACGUGACUCCCACCCAAUCUUCAAAAUUAGGCAGACAGGUGACGAGGAGGCCAAAAACAAAGGAAAUGAAAAAUCCUCGGUUUCAACUAAAAGGAGUAGGGCGGCCGACGUUCAUAAUCAGUCUGAACGUAAAAGAAGAGACAAAAUAAAUCAAAGGAUGAAGACAUUGCAGAAGUUGGUCCCAAAUUCCAGCAAGACUGACAAAGCCUCAAUGUUGGACGAAGUAAUAGAGUACCUGAGACAAUUGCAAGCUCAAGUACAAAUGAUGGGGAGAAUAAAUAUAUCAUCUAUGAUGUUGCCAUUAGCCAUGCAGCAACAACUUCAGAUGUCUAUGAUGCCUCACAUGGGAAUGGGCAUUGGCAUGGGUAUGGGAAUGGCAGGCGUUAUGGACAUGAAUGCUAUAAGCCACGCGAACGGAAUGCCGCCUGUUAUUCCACCCACCCACCCCUUCAUGCCCUUGCCCUCAGGGGAUCGUAUGUCAGCGCCGACGGGUUCAACGUUCCCAGACCCUUUAUCGGUAUUUCUUGCAUGUCAAUCCCAACCAAUGGCCAUGGAUGCUUAUAGUAGGCUGGCAGCUUUAUAUCAACAAAUGCAACAGCCACCAGUCGGUUCAGCGGGUUCGGGUUCUGGUUCUGGUUCGGCUUCGGGUUUGGGUCCAAAAAGUUGAUAAUAAAGAAACUUUACAAACAAAUUCUCUUUUCUCAUCAACUUUAUAAGAAUUGAUCUUUGUGUUAGCAAGAGCUGAGACAAAAAUAUCAAAUAUACCUCAGAAUUUUUGUACUUUCUUGUUUAAUUAUUUUUGUCUUAGAGAAAUGAUAAAAUACAUAUCACAUAUUAAUUCAAAAAAUCCCAAACUUGUGGACAGUCCCCCCAAAUUAAUUCUUAAGUAGGACAUUGGACUCUUAAAUUAGAAGGGGAAGUCGGCUCGACCAAAACCUAGAUUUCAAUAUGCGCAUCUCUCAUGGAUGAUUGAUCGAAUAGCCAGUUAUGUAUACAAGGUUUUUAUGUGUCAAAAAUGUAUACAGAUUCACGUAACAAAUUUUGAGAUGUUGGGAUAGACUUUCUUUUCUGUUCUUUUUUUACCAAUGAUUCAUAUUUCAGAUUACCGGG